GUUAUGUCAUCCUGGCCCGUGCGAUCGCACUUGCUCUGCUAUGGGACCAGUUCAACCUUGUUUUUGUGGUCGUGAGAAAUUUCAACUUCGUUGUGUCGAUACCGAUUAUUCAGGUGGAAGGUCUUGUGGAACUACCUGUGGUAAAUUACUUGGAUGCGAAAAACAUUAUUGUGAACAAGAUUGUCACGAUGGUUCAUGUAAAAGAUGUGAUGUUGUUGAAAUACAAAAAUGUUAUUGUGGUCAAACAGAACGUGAGGCCAAAUGUGGUGAAGGAAAUCCCAUUCAUUGUUAUAGAAAUUCAAAUGACAAUUCUGAUGACUGGACUGGCUUCUUUUCUUGUGAUUGUGUUUGUUCACGAUUACUUGAUUGUGGAAAACAUUAUUGUGAUCGAAAAUGUCAUUCCAACAGCGGUGAAGCUGAACCAUGUUUAUUGGAUCCUUCACGAGUUAAAAAUUGUCCUUGUGGUGCACGUUCUAUAGAAGAAUUACUUGGAUGCGAAAGGAUGUCAUGCACUGAGAAAAUUCCCCUGUGUGGGAAUCCCUGUAGAAAGUCUUUGAUGUGUGGCCAUUCUUGUACAGAUGUUUGUCAUUAUGGAGAAUGCAAACCUUGUACCGUUAAAGUUCGCAUUAAAUGUCGUUGCGGUAGCACCGAAUUUGAAAAGAUAUGUUCUGAAGUUACAGGAAAAUCCGGUGAACCACCAUUAUGUGAGAAAAUAUGUAAAAUGUUGAGAAAUUGUAGAAAGCAUGAAUGUAAUACCAAAUGUUGUCCUUCGGCUAACAUUAAACAGAAACAUUCCAAGAGGAGAUUUAUUCCUCAAGAAGAGGAAGAUCUAAAUCAUAUUUGCACUUUAAUAUGUGGGAAGAAAUUACAAUGUGGAAAACACAACUGUCAACUUCUUUGUCAUUCAGGACCCUGUAUGCGUUGCUUAGAGGCAACUUUUGAGGAAUUAUCAUGUCAUUGUGGUCAAACCAAAAUUUAUCCCCCAAUUCCAUGUGGGAUGGAAAUUCCUAAAUGUGAAUUUCCAUGUACUCGAAUUCCUCCAUGUAACCAUGCAGCUGUUACGCAUAAUUGUCAUCCUGAUUCGGAGCCAUGCCCUCCAUGUCCGUACCUCGUUAAUAAUAAAAAAUGUAUAUGUGGUAAAUCCACAAUUAAUAAUGUUAGAUGUCAUAAGACGAAUGUUAGUUGCGGAAAAGAAUGUGAUCGCCCUUUAUAUUGUGGAGGCCAUCGUUGCCGACGUUUAUGUCAUUCAGGAGAUUGUCUCGAUCCGCAAAUAUGUAAUCAAAUAUGUGGAAAACCACGUAAAGAUUGUGGACACCCUUGUACUUCUACAUGUCACGCUCCUUCAAGAUGUCCUGAAGAGACACCAUGUUUACAAAAAAUAACAAUUAAUUGCAAAUGUGGUAAUUUAUCUCGAGAAGUGACCUGUAAUUCGACUGUGGAAAAUCCAGCGGAUAAAGAUCGACAGUUAGAUUGUAAUGAUUUUUGUGCAAUGAUUGAAAGAAAUCGAAAAUUAGCAGAUGCAUUAGAAUUGAGUGAUCGUAUUGUUGAUGGAAAUUUGAUUAAAGAGAUUCCCGAAUAUGAUACGUUUUUACUUCAAUAUUAUGAAACUAAUAAGGAGUGGGCUAAAAAUAUUGAAAAUACCUUGACUGAAUUUAUCAAGUCUGUUAAACCAACAUUGAAUUUUUCUCCAAUGAAGUCAUCUCAUAGACAUUUCAUACAUGGAUUAUGUGUUCAUUAUCGAUUAACAUCCGAAAGCGUUGACGUAGAACCAUACAGAAGUAUUAUCGUGAAGAAAAAAUCCGACUCUACAAUUCCCCCAAUAUUGCUUUCUCAAACUUAUGCAAAGUAUGGUAAGAUGGGAAAUCAAUCUUUGGCAAAUGUAUCUUCCUCAUCAUCUAUUACGACUCCAGAACAAUCAAUUCGUAAGCCGAAGCAACCAGUUAAUGCUUUGUAUCUAGUGGAAUUGAAUAAAGGAUUAACAAAGGAAGAAUUACAAAAGAAUUUAGAUUCAUUAUUAGGCAAAAUUGCUUGUCAAACCAAAUGGAUCAACGAUGAAGAUGUAAUCAUUAUACCAUUCGUUGGUUCAAUGCAAAUGAAUGAUUUAGAAGCCUUGUUAAUGAAACUGAAGCUAUCUGCCAAAGAUAUAUUGAUUUCGAAAGGAAUUGUUGGGAACGCGGAAUUGUGUUGGGUUAAUUCCAAAUAUGAAGUUACUUGGCGAGAAAGAAGUAAAUUGUUAAACAAUCGCGGAUCAAAGGUUACUGCGGUUCCAUCAUCGAUAUCAAUAGAUAACAAAAAUUCAUUCGAAAUGUUGAUGAAUGUCAAAAAUUAUGAAUCAUCACAUACAGUUGAUUCAUGGGAUGCUGAUAUUGAUAAUAGCAAAAAUAAUUCCAGUAAACAAUUGCCCGUAAAUAUUACUAGUGAAGAUAAUAUUGUUGACGAUUGGGAAUUAUUAAGUGAUAAUGAGUAA